AUGGCGACCAGCCAUAUGCAUAACCUAACUACCCUUAUUAAGCGGCUGGAAGCCGCGACCUCCCGCCUGGAGGAUAUGGCUAUGGGACUAGAUGACCCCAGUUCGCCGAAAACAUUGAAUGCCGCCGCUGCCCCCGAGACCGUUGCUCCUGAACCGCCCAAGCCAGCUUUUCCCCCGGCCCCUGCAGCUCCUGCCGUCCCACCUCAAAUUGAGGACUUCGAUACACUGAUCAAUAAGGAUGUGCGGAACUUCGUGGACCUUGGAAAUAAAAUUGGAGACCUUGUUGCUGAGCAGUCGAAAGCUGUCUUACAAGCUUUCGAAGCCGAGCGCACCUACCUUUACGUCUCGACGAAGGCGAAGAAGCCCGAGCCCCAGCCCGCAGAGCUCAUGACAGAGCUUCACACUGCCUCCGAUUCUAUUAAUAUGAUCCGCGAGUCGAAUCGGGCCUCUCCACUUUUCAACCACCUCAGCGCGGUCGCGGAGGGUAUCGUGGCUCUGGGAUGGUUCUUUGAGCCCAAGCCAGGCGAUUUUGUCAGUGAAAUCGUUGGUGGCAUUGAGUACUAUGGCAACAAGGUCUUGAAGGAGUACAAGGAAAAGGAUAAGACUCACGUCCAGUACAUCCAAUCCUACUAUCAAAUCUUCAAGGCCCUUGCUGCCUAUCUCAAGAAGCACUAUCCAAAGGGCCUGACAUGGAAUGAGCAAAGCGGCAUCGAUGCGCUGGAAGCCCUCAGACAGGUCAAAGGCGGCUCUAGCACCGGGGCCAGCGGUUCAGCUCCUCCCCCUCCUCCUCCACCCCCUGUGCCGACGCUGAACGUGCCUGGUGGAGCUCCUCCACCACCUCCACCACCGCCUGGCGUUCCUCCGCCGCCCAGCGCGGCCCCGGGAGGUGAUAUGUCCGCCGUUUUUGCUCAGUUGAACCAGGGUGAGGCUAUCACCUCUGGUCUCCGGAAAGUCGACAAGUCUGAAAUGACGCACAAGAACCCUAGUCUUCGCGCAAGCUCGACCGUUCCGGAACGUCCUGACUCGCAAGGCAGCAUCUCUCGCUCUAAGUCGCCAGCCCCGAGUAAGAAGCCUAAGCCGGAGAGCAUGCGUGUUCGUAAACCUCCUCGCAAGGACCUCGAGAGCAACAAGUGGUACAUCGAGAACUUUGAUAACCCGGGCGAAAUCGUCGAGAUCCCUGCCCAGCAGAACCAGUCCAUCCUCAUCUCCCGUUGCAACAAGACCAUCGUGAAGGUGUCCAGCAAGGCCAACGCCAUCGCCAUCGACAACUGCAAGGAUCUCUCCAUCAUCGUUGAUUCCCUUGUGAGCAGCCUUGAUGUCAUUAAGUGCACCAAAUUCGCUCUCCAGAUCGACGGCGUGGCGCCCACGCUUUUGCUGGACCAGGUGGACGGUGCCACGGUCUACCUCGGCCCCCAGAGCUUAAACACCGAGGUUUUCUCCAGCAAAUGCACAGCGCUCAACAUCAUGCUUCCCCCCAAGGAGGGAACAGAUGAAGAUACCAAGGAGUGCCCGGUUCCCGAGCAGAUCAAGUCCUACGUCAAGGACGGCGUUCUGGUGAACGAGAUCGUCGAGCACGCAGGCUAA